AUGUCGUUCUUCCGGUCGAAGAAGCUAGACCUCGGCGGUUUUGUCAACAUCCGCGCGAUUCGCGACCACACCAAGCGGAAGGCUUUCGAGCAGUACGAGCCCGAACGCCAAGCUCUGCGCUACAUCAUCCGCAACACCUCCCUCCCUCAGCGUACCCGCGCGCAGGCUCAAUUGCAGCUCACCCAGAUGCACGCCUACACCCGUCCCACGCAGAUCAAGAACCGUUGUGUUGCAGGUGGUAUUGCACGUGGUAUUAUUCGCGAUUUCAGAAUUGCCCGAUACCAAUUCCGAGAACAGGCGCUGGCAGGUGAACUACCAGGUGUGAAGAAGGCAAGCUGGUAG